GGGGCAGUGCCUUCAGGUGUGGGAUGUUCAAGCACAGAAAUUGGAUACUAGCAGAAAUGGGUUGAAACCGCCGCCGGUCUUCUGGACAACAAAAAACAAAUCCAUCGUAACCGCAUUCUACCCCACGACGAUCAAAGAGUUUGACGCGUCGACCCUCAAGACUGUUGGAGCUCCUUUCAAAGGGCACGCACGCGGUCCCAUCGACGGUCUAGCACUCUCAUGUGAUUGUGUUUUGCUCGCUACUAGCUCUUCCCAUGACGACACCAUCAAGCUGUGGGCCUUCGAGUCCCGCCAGCUGCUCGCUUCAUUUGACGUGAAAUUUAUAUUCUCCCUCGUCCUGUCACCCGAUUCACGCCAACUGGCUUACACGACCUGGAAUGACACCAAGAUCUACAUAUCUGACAUUCCGGCCAACAUCCUUGCUAGCAUUGGGCUUGCAGAAGAACUGCAGCCUGGUAAACGUUCACGCCGUGCUAGUCUACUCAAUGUACGUGGUUCUGCUCUCUUAUUUAUUUACACCAUACCAUUCUUCAAUACAGUCUGAUGCAACGCGUCCUGCGCGCCGUAAACCAGUGAUAAUACCCGCCAUAUCUUCCAUCUCCCACCCGCCAAGACCUCUGCCUGCAAGCGACCAACAUGCUUUCCUUCGUUUUCUACGCAAAGUCCUUUCUUCCUCUUCUCGUGUGGAUGCGGUUCGCAAUGGCACUGAUGAGCCUCGUGAUCCCCUGGAUGUAUGUUUCUUUAAGCUGGGCAUAUUUGCUUUGCAGUUAACUCGAUGGUUUCCGUGCAGUUCCCUGCCACAUCGCCAUUACCUCGUCCACUUAUAAAACCAGAUGAGACCUCUCGACCCACACCGUCACCACCCACCACCCAAUCCUCCGUCGUCAAUACUUCCCCAACCCUCAAAUCCAGCUUACAUCGGCUAUCAACUUGGUGGCCCUUUCAGACAAAUCAUGCAUCGCUGACUAUCGUCGAUGUUCCUUUCGCGCCGGGUAAACUGCGGUACGCUACGGCAGGUGCUCCCAGUGAUGAAGACGACGUGAUACGCGACGAAGACUAUGUCUCUCCUCCUCCUUCCCCCAAUCCCGGCUCACGCCGAGGGAUUGUCAAUGCCGGACAGCAUGGAAGCGGCCAGUUCUGUUUCUGCUUC